GUUUUUUCAAAAUGGAUUGAAAUUAGAAAACACAGCUGGGCCAUCAAUAUAUUGAUAAACAAAGUCCCUGAGUUUUAAACACCUUCAAUAUUAGAACAGACAUAUAUACUCAGAUACUCUACUUCUUCCUGUCUACUCCGAUCCAUGGCCAACCCCAACUCUGAUCUCCCUUUAUAUGAAAGAAUCCACCGCAAAAACACCGUACAAAGAGCCUUUGAUAUCAUAAUCUUCUUCCUUCUCCUUUCUCUCCUUAUUUAUCGCCUUCUCUUUCUCAACGACCAUGGCCUCACUUGGCUCCUUGCCUUCCUAUGCGAAUCGUGGUUCACCUUCACUUGGUUUCUAGUCAUGAGCAACAAAUGGAAUCCUGUAAAAUACAAAACAUACCCGGACAACCUCUUGCCAAGGGUGCCUGAUCAGCUUCCGUCGUUGGACAUGUUUGUGACAACUGCGGACCCUGUGUUAGAACCUCCUAUCAUCACCGUAAACACUGUGCUCUCUUUGUUGGCAGUUGAUUACCCGGCACACAAGCUAGCUUGCUAUGUUUCCGAUGAUGGUUGUUCUCCCUUGACCUACUACUCUCUUUCCGAGGCCUUAAAGUUUGCCAAGCUCUGGAUUCCCUUUUGUAAGAAGUACAAUAUUCAAGUGAGAGCUCCAUUUAGAUACUUUUCCAAUGACUCUCUAACGUUCAGUGAUAUCUCUUCAGAAUUCCAACAAGAAUGGAAAAGGAUGAAGGUUGAGUAUGAGCAGCUUUGCCAUAAAAUUGAGGAUGCCGCCCAAAGGUCCAUGCCAUGUGAUUUUACUGGGGAAUUUGCAGAAUUCUCAAAUGUAGAACCCAAAAACCAUCCAACUAUUAUCAAGGUUAUGUGGGAGAACAAGGAUGGACUUCUAGAUGGAUUGCCGCAUUUGGUCUAUAUAUCGAGGGAGAAGCGGCAUAAGCAUCCACAUCAUUACAAAGCCGGUGCCAUGAACGUUCUAACGAGAGUCUCCGGAUUGAUGUCGAAUGCUCCCUAUAUGCUGAAUGUAGACUGCGAUAUGUUUGUCAACAACCCAAAAGUUGUUUUUCAUGGGAUGUGUCUACUGCUUGGUUCCAAGAGUGAGAAAGAAAAUGCAUAUGUUCAGUUCCCGCAAAAGUUCUGUGAUGGAUUAAAGGAUGACCCAUAUGGCAAUCAGCUUGUGGUUUUGUUUGAAUAUAUGACGCAUGGAAUAACUGGAAUACAAGGCCCUUUUUAUGGGGGAACAGGAUGUUUCCAUAGACGAAAAAUUAUUUAUGGCCUAUCUCCAAAUACUGUGGAAUCAAUUAACGGAAAAUUGGUUGAGGAUAAGCUUUUAGAAUUUGGGACUUCAAAGGAGUUGAUCAAGUCAGCAGCUCUUGCUUUGAAAGGGAAGAGAGAUCCACCUGACGAUCUUUGGCACUCUAUUGAAGCAGCACACCAAGUAGCCAGCUGCGACUACGAAUAUGGUACUAGCUGGGGUACAUAUAAGUUGGGUUGGAGAUAUGGAUCAACGUCAGAGGACGUUUUAACUGGGCUAACAAUCCAUAGAAGGGGUUGGAGGUCCGUCUAUUGCACGCCCGACCCACCGGCCUUUUUAGGGUGUGCACCAUCUGGUGGGCCUGCUGCAAUGACCCAACAAAAGAGGUGGGCCGCUGGCCUGCUCAAAAUUUUAUUGGGCAAAAACUGUCCCAUAUUUGCCACCUUGAUUGAGAAGAUCCAAUUCAGGCAGUGCUUGGCCUAUUUGUGGCUAUUCUCAUGGGGCCUACGUGCCAUCCCUGAGUUAUGCUAUGCUGCUCUUCCAGUUUAUUGCAUCAUCACCAACUCCCACUUUUUGCCUAAGGUUCAAGAACCAGCAUUCUAUGUACUAGUUGUUCUCUUUGCCAUUUAUAACCUAUACACUUUAUCCGAGUACCUAAGAACUGGCCAGUCAGUGCGAGCUUGGUGGAAUAACCAAAGAAUGGCAAGAAUUACCACCAUGACUGCAUGGUUCUUUGGAUUUCUAAGUGUCAUGUUAAAGCUCUUGGGAAUAUCGGAGACAGUCUUUGAAGUAACAAAAAAAGACCAAUCUAGUGAUGCUGCCAGUGAUAAUGAUGCUGGGAGGUUUACCUUCGAUGAGUCCCCUAUUUUUGUGCCUGGCACUACCAUUUUGCUGCUACACUUGACUGCACUAGUCGUGGGCUUGCUGAGGUUGCAAACUCGAGCUCAUGAUCGGCAUUGGUCAGGGCUAGGGGAAGUCUUGUGCAGUGUGUGGUUGUUGCUUUGCUUCUGGCCAUUUUUGAAAGGGUUGUUUGGGAAAGGAAAGCAUGGGAUACCCAUAUCCACCAUAUGCAAGUCAACGGCUUUGGCCUUACUUUUUCUGCACUUCUGUAGAAGGACCGCAAUGGCUUGAGACUUUGUUAAUUCAAGCAAUUAAAAUGUUUUCUCCUAUUGUUUUUAAGAUUAAAUACUCAAAUUAACAAUUUCUUUUUUCUUAGAUUCAAAAUUUCCGGGGAAUGAAAUUAUAUUUGUGUCA